UGAAGAAACAGCAGGUGGCGCUAGUGCACUGUUUUAGUUUGGGAUCUGCUGUUAGAAGGAAGAAGAAGGAGAAAGCAGAUGAAGUCGUGUCAGGUGACAAACAUCAAUCGUGAAGAUCGCACAGGUGUUUAACAGCGAUCACAAACCGAAAGUGUUUGAAAGACUUCUGGAUUCUGUCCCUGAAGCACAAGAUCGUCUGAACUACUGCAAGUCAUGAUGAGCAUCUGAUCGUCUUCAGAGACACAAAGAUCUCAGUGUUGAGCUGUUCAUCUGCAGUAUGUCAGAGAAGAGAGGAAAGAUGAGUCUCUCACACAAACAGAGUGUAAGAUCAGACUCACAUGUGUCCAGCUCUGUGUCUGUGAAGAGUAACUGCUCAAAGGGUGAAGGACCAGUCUUCAGUGAAGAAACAUCACGAACCAAACGGCUUCAGUAUGAAACAUUAGAUCCAGAUUUACAGUCUCACAGGAACCACAAUAAUUUUACAGACAGUCUCCUGCAGAUCUUCCAGCACCUUGAGGGCAAAAUAAUAACAUUUCUGAAGAAAGAACUGGAAAAGUUUAAGAAAAUAUUACAAAAAGAGGACUUGCAAUACUUUGUGAAGGACUUUAAUGAGAACAGAUGCAGUAUGAAAGAAGCAGCUCUUGAUCUCACGCUCUACUUCCUGAGAGAGAUGAAGCAAGAUGAAGCUGCUGAUACUCUAGAAGAUGAACUGUUCUUCAUUCAUCAGCUAAAGUGUAGCCUAAAGAAGAAGUAUCAAUGUGUGUUUGAAGGAAUUGCAAAGCAAGGUGACUCUACCCUUCUGAAGAACAUCUACACAGAUCUCUAUAUCACUCAGGGUUGUAGUGAACAGGUCAAUACUGAACAUGAGGUGAGACAGAUUGAAGUUGCUUCCAGACGUCAUGAAUCACAGGAGAUACAGGUUGAGUGCAAACAUUUGUUUGAAGCACCUGAACAAGACAAGCAGAUCAGAACUGUACUGACAAAAGGAGUUGCUGGCAUCGGAAAAUCAGUCUCUGUGCAGAAGUUUGUUCUGGAUUGGGCCGAAGGAAAAGAAAAUCAAGAUAUCAGCUUCAUAUUUCCUCUUCCAUUUAGAGAGAUGAACUUAAAAGAGCAAGAAAAACUAAGUUUGAUGGACCUUAUAACUCAGUUUUUCCCAGAGACAAAAGGACUGAACCUUACAAGAAGAAAUCAAUUUAAAGUCAUGUUCAUUCUUGAUGGAUUGGAUGAAUGUCGUCUUCCUGUAAACUUUAAGGAUAAUGAGACGUGGUCUGAUGUUUCCUCACCAUCCUCUCUGGAUGUUCUCCUGACGAACCUCAUCAAGGGAAAUCUGCUUCCUUCUGCUCUCAUCUGGAUCACCAGCAGACCAGCAGCUGCCAGUAAGAUUCCUCCUGACUGUAUCGACCGACUGACAGAGAUACGAGGAUUCAAUGAUGCACAAAAGGAGGAGUACUUCAGAAAAAGAUUCACAGAUGAGAAUCAGGCCAAAGAAAUCAUUGAUCAUGUUAAACAAUCAAAGAGUCUCUUUAUCAUGUGCCACAUCCCAGUCUUCUGCUGGAUUUCAGCCACUGUUCUCCAGAACAUUUUAGAGGAGAAAAGAAAUGAUGUUGUGAAAAACAAUCAGGCUGAUGAUGUCUCCAAAACACUGCAGGAGUCAAAUACUGAAGACACUCCUAAGACUCUGACACAAAUGUACACACACUUCCUCAGAUUUCAGAUCCAGCAGAGCAGACGAAAAUAUGAUGGAGAACAUACACCAGAUGUUUCCUGGGAUAAAGAUGCCCUCUUUUCACUGGGGAAACUGGCAUUUGAUCAGCUGGAAAGAAACAAUGUGAUCUUCUAUGACACAGAUCUGGAAGCCUGUGGUAUUGACGUCUGUAAGGCAUCAGUGUACUCAGGCAUGUGUACCCAGAUCUUUAAGGAGGAAACAGGGAUCACUCUUGGUACCAUGUACUGCUUCGUUCACUUGAGCAUUCAAGAGUUUAUUGCAGCCCUUUAUGCACAUCUGUUUCUAGACAUCAACAAGAAAUAUGUUUUUGAUCAAGACUCUACAGAACAGGAAAAUAAAAGUGAAACCGUGAUUGAUUUGCUCAAGACUUCAGUGGACAAGGCACUAGAGAGUGAUAAUGGACACCUGGAUCUUUUUCUUCGUUUCCUCCUUGGUUUGUCACUCCAGUCCAAUCAGAGACUCUUACAGGGUCUGUUGACACAGAAAAAUAGAAAUGAGCAGAGCAAAGAGGAAAUAGUUCAGUACAUCAAGCAGAAAUUAGAGUCUAAUCUGUCUCCAGAGAGAUCCAUCAAUCUGUUCUACUGUCUGAAUGAACUGAACGACCAAACUCUGGUGGAAGACAUUCAGACCCACCUUAGCAAAGGAAGUCUCUCAUCUGCUGAUCUUUCACCUGCCCAGUGGUCUGCUUUGGUCUUUGUGUUGUUGACAUCAGACGAGGAGCUGGAGGAGUUUGAGCUGCAGAAAUUCAAGAAAUCAGACGAGUGUCUCAUUAGAUUAUCAGCAGUCAUCAAAACCUGCAAAAGAGCUCUGUUAAAUGAUUGUGGCUUAACAGACAAAAGCUGUCCAGCUCUGGCUACAGUUCUUGGAUCAGAUUCCAAUCUGAAAGAUCUGAACAUGAACAAUAAUAAUCUGCAGGAUUUAGGAGUGAAGCUACUCUGCACUGGACUUAAGGAUAUAAAUUGCAAAUUAGAGAUACUGAGGCUGCGUGGUUGUGGUCUAACAGAGGAAAGCUGUUCAGCUCUGGCUACAGUCCUGAGAUCAAACUCCAGUCUGAAAGAGCUUGACCUGAGCAACAAUAAUCUGCAGGAUUCAGGGGUGAAGAAACUCCAGAAAGGAUUAGAAAAUACAAAAUGCACAUUGGAGAAACUCAGACUUUCAGACUGCAGUAUCAGUGAAGAAGGUUAUAAAGCUCUGUCUUCAGCUCUGAGAUCAAACCCUUCACACCUGAUAGAGCUGGAUCUCACAGGAAAUGAUCCUGGAGAAUCAGGAGUGAAGCUGCUCAGUGAUUUACUACAGGAUCCAAACUGUCAACUCAACACACUGAGGUUUUUGGGUCCUGCUGCAGAUGAAGGCUGUCAGUAUGUGACUGGAAUUGUGGGUAAAAACCCGUUACUCCUGAAAGAGCUGAAUCUGAGAGAACAUGAACUAGGAGACACACGAGUGAAUCAGAUCUCUGCUCUACUGCAGGAUAAACACUGUACACUCAACACACUGAAUCUGUUUGAUUGCAGUAUUACAGGGAAACAGUGUCUCAUCCUGACUUCAGCUCUGAAAUCAAACCCAUCACACCUGAGAGAACUGAACCUGAGCGGGAAUAAACUACUAGGAGACUCUGGAGUGAAACACCUCAGUGAUCUACUGAUGAACACACAAUUCAAGCUGGAGAAACUAGAUCUGUUAGGAUGCAGUAUUACAGAGAAACAGUGUCUCAUCCUGACUUCAGCUCUGAAAUCAAACCCAUCACACCUGAGAGAACUGGACCUGAGCGGAAAUAAACUACUAGGAGACUCUGGAGUGAAACACCUCAGUGAUCUACUGAUGAACACACAAUUCAAGCUGGAGAAACUAGUUCUGUGUAGAUGCAGUAUUACAGAGAAACAGAGUCUCAUCCUGACUUCAGCUCUGAAAUCAAACCCAUCACACCUGAGAGAACUGAACCUGAGCUUGAAUCAAAUAAAAAACACAGGAGUGAAUCACUUAUGUGACGUACUGAAGGAUUCACGCUGUAAACUGGAGAGAUUGAUUCUUCGUUACUGUGACAUUACAGAUGUUUCUUCUUUAACUCAGUCUUUGACGAACACAAAAGCUCUGCAGUUUCUAAAAGAGCUUGAUCUGAGUUAUAAUAAGAUUGAAGACUCAAAGCAGAAGCUCAUUGAUGUGCUACGAGACUCAAACUGUAAACUGAGAAUAUAGGAAGAGUUCAGUCACCAAAAGCUGAUGAAUGCUGUGUAUCAUAAAGUGAAGUGGUCUUGAGAGGAGCAGUAAACAUCAGCUGAAGAUCCACUGAAGAGCUUCACUACUGUGUCUAUGAGGAGAAAUAAAUGUGUGAUAAAUGUGUAAAUGUGAUCCAUACCGGUGAAGAGACUCAGACUUUACAAUCAAAUAAUGCAGCAUGUGUUUUAGAAACAUGAUAUUGAAUGAUUAAUGUUGCUUUAGUAUUCAAGCAGAUGAUCAUUGUGUUUAAUGUAAAGCUGGAACAGAGGAGGAAGAAGCUCAGAUGAGUCUGUCUGGAUCUUCAGUUUAAUAAUAUUUCUAUUAAACAAAUUUCCAUGAUCUCUCUUACAUUUUAUACACAUUGUUAUUCUAUUUAAUUCUAUAUUAAGUUAGCUAUGUGUGUAUUGUGUGGUGAAAAGAAUGUAUUCCCAUUAGGAUUUUAUAUAUAUAUAUA